ACGAUAACCGGUGACGACAUUUUUGUGCGCCGGAUACGUGGCUCCCUCUCCCAUCGAUCAGAAGCCCCAAAUGCUGAUGUGUUACAAGAAAGCUCACCGCAGGGAGACUUGUGAGUUUCUCCCUUGAUGCAGCGCUAACGUAACAACGGAGAGAAGCGGCGGCGGGUCACGGGUCGAUGUCAGAGGAGACGCAGCGGAAGAGAUCAACGGCAGCGGCUCGCAGAGGGAAUGGCGCCCAAAGGGAAAGUUGGCACAAAAGGAAAGAAGCAGAUCUAUGAGGAGAACGAGGCGACUCUGAAGUUCUACAACCGAGUGAUCCUCGGAGCUAACGCGAUAUAUGCCGCCGUAAAUCUUUUGGUUUUCUACAGUUCAUCUACAUUUUCGACAUGGCUCCUGCUCGUGUUCGCACUAGCAGUGUAUGUCGGGAGUUACCGCUCCAUGUCUGCCAUGGCCAAGCCAGCAUUCGCUGAGGACGGAAGUCUCCUGGACGGAGGAAUAGACUUAAACAUGGAGCAGGGGAUGGCGGAGCACCUGAAGGACGUCGUCCUGCUCACAGCCAUAGUACAAGUGCUCAGCACACUCUCCUCUUAUUUCUGGUAUCUUUGGAUGCUGGCCCCGUUCCGAGCCCUCUACCUGCUGUGGGUGAACUUCCUGGGCCCCUGGUUUAUGGCAGAAAGCCCGUCGGCACCAGAGGAAGUGAAUGAGAAGAAGCAGAGAAGACAAGAGCGCCGACAGAUGAAGAGAUUCUGAUGCUGCAGGGCAGACGGAGCAGUAUUUUUUUAUAUACAGAAUCUAAUAUACAGAUGGCAAGGAACUCAUAAAUUAUUCAGGAAGACAUUUUGUUAUUAAGUUAAACUCGAUCCAAAUCUGAUACUGUGGAAACCUUUUUUUCCCUGUUUGUGUAGUUUUUUUUUUUCUUCCGCUUUCUUCUGAAAUCCAAUUUUCUCCCUAAGCUAUUAAAUGAAAUGCUCCCUAUUUAGACAAUGUCACGGUCCAAAUCUCAUUUAUCCUUAUGCAGGGAUUUCAUAUUUGUUGGCUUUUGCACAAACCCGCCACACAAUCUGCAGAUUGUAAAAUAAUUAAUUAUUCUCCAUCGCAGAGCUUCUAAGUCUUCUAAGAAUCAACUUGAUAGAAUUAAAUUUUUUGCAAUAAAAAAAAAAAAAAGAAGAAAUCAUUCAAUGUCGAUCGUCACGUGUUUCAAGAUUGUAUUUUUAUUAACGUUCAGUCACGACUUAAAGUACUUAGCGAUAGUUCACAUUUUCCUCAGGAGGCUAAAAUGUGCUUUCUGGGGCCCUGAUGAAAUAUUAAUGGAGCAUAUUUUAAAAUAGCCAGUCCACCUGAAAUGUUCUGUAACAAACUGUAAGCGGUUAAAAUGUAAUUAUCAGAGAGAAAUGUUGACUUUUAGCCUCCUUACUCAGAAGUAGGUAUGUUUCAGUCGAGUGUAACGUAAAGGCUGUGACAGACUGGACUUAAUCCAUAAAUUCCACUAAUAACUUUUGCAAGAAUUUCAGUAAUUUAAUUUGUGAACAUCUUUACUGAAGUGAAACUAAUCAUAUAAACACUUCUGUUUUGAUUUGGCAACAACAACAACAACAUAUAAAAGUUCACUCAUCCAAAAUGGCUACUUAAUCAACUGAGAUUUGAGUUGGUUUACGCAUGAAUUUUGGGGAAUAAAUGCAUCUUCCUGACA